CACACCCCCUUCCUUCCUUCAUCGCCCCCUCCUUCUUCCCUGCGCCCCGGCUCAGGCUCGCUAUAAAAGGUGGGAGCGCGGGGUGCCCGAGUAGCGCCGAGUUUCAGCACCAUGGAGAGCCCCCGCCUGCGCCUGCUGCCCCUCCUGGGCGCCGCCCUGCUGCUGCUGCUACCUUUGCUGGGCGCCCUAGCCCAGGAGGACGCCGAGCUCCAGCCGCGAGCCCUGGACAUCUACUCCGCCGUGGAGGAUGCCUCCCAUGAGAAGGAGCUGAUUGAAGCGCUGCAGGAAGUUCUGAAGAAGCUCAAGAGUAAACGCAUUCCAAUUUAUGAGAAGAAGUAUGGCCAAGUCCCCAUGUGUGACGCGGGAGAGCAGUGCGCCGUGCGGAAAGGAGCUAGGAUUGGGAAGCUAUGUGACUGUCCCCGAGGAACCUCCUGCAAUUCCUUCCUCCUGAAGUGCUUAUGAGGCACCCAUGCGUCUCCAUAAGCCCCCUCCCCACUUUCCCCAGGGGACCACACCUUCAUCCCUGGAGUUUGGCUUUAGCAACAAAGUUUGCGUUUCCCUCUAAGGAAAAGGGGGCUCUCUUCCUGCUGUUUCCAAAUAAAAAGAACACAUUAGAUGUUAUUGUGUGAAGGAUAAUGCCUUGUAUGGUGUUGAUAUGUGUACAAAGUAUUCUAUUCUUAUUUUCUCUGUCUGGCAAACUUUUAAAAGUGGAUAUUUAAGUAGAGAGGAAGACCUUCACUUUGCAAAUUGUAUUUUUGUAGGUGGCAUGACAGGAUGAAAAUUAGAUCAGUUAAAAUCUUGACAGAUGACAUCACAACCUGGAAAAUAGAUCACCCAAGCAUCACAAAU